CAGCAGCCGGUUACUACUCUCAGGACUCACUACUCUGUUUUACUACUAGUACUGUUUAUCUCUCAAAGUUUCUGCUCAAGCCGUCUCUGAUUCUCCCUGGUGGAGGGACUGCAAUCCCUACCAACUGGCUCCGUGCUCCACAUGGCUAUCGCCAUACCCCGUCUUGCUAACCUACAUUCACCUCCGCAUUAGCCCUUGACACAGCCCUAGUCAUAAUGGACCAUGUCAAGAAGGAGCAUGAACGACUAUGGAAGAAGCUUACGACUUCUCAGAAUAUCAAGAAUGUGCAAUCCACAAUAGACUUACUCCAGUCAGCUCGGGAUAGCAUAGCUGCCGAUCCCAGCCAAGCAUCUAUGACUUUAGCCAAGCUCCAAAAUCCCGUUAAAUCAUCCUUCGAUGUCAUUAACGAUAGUCUCAAGGAGACCCACAGUGGUCUCAACAAGUAUUCUAAGGCACUAGAUAAGUUGUUUAAAGAUAGGCCGCUUCCCAGUACGGAACAUGACGCCCUUUCGUCUCAACCAUAUCUUAUCAACCGGGCCAUUGCUAUGCAUCUUUUGCGAGAAGGACAGUUUUCAGUCGCAGCAACCUUCCUUUCCGAAAUAGCGGAGAAGAAAAACUCGCGACUACCAGCGGAUUCAGAAUCCGACUCCGCAGAUGAUGUGACAAUGUUGUUAGAUAACGAAGGCGUGCCCUCAGACGAGAUCCGGAAACAUUUUGCCACGAUGUAUUACAUACUCCAUGAACUGGAGGAGAAUAACAAUUUGAUUCCUGCAAUCGAAUGGUCGAGAGAGAACAGGGAGGCAUUGGAAUUAAGAGGAAGUAAUCUCGAGUUUCAACUUUGCCAGUUACAGUAUGUAUGGCUUUUCUGCGGUGGACAAGACCAACAGGGGCCUACUUUGGCUAGUCGGCAGGCAGCCUUAGCAUAUGCCAGGCGUGAAUUCCAUGUAUUCAUGCCAAGAUAUAUGGAGGAAAUCAAGCAGUUAUCGGGAGCGAUGGCUUUUUGGCCCAACCUGGCCCAUUCACCAUACAGAAACAAAUUCAACAAUCCAUCCGCUUGGAGUGAUGUUGCACAAACCUUUACUCGGGAAUUCUGUUCGCUUCUGGGACUUUCUGCAGAUUCGCCAUUGUAUAUUGCUGCUACCGCUGGUGCGAUUGCUCUUCCGACCUUACUCAAGCUGCAGACAAUCAUGAAAGCGAAACGAACCGAAUGGACUUCUGAAAACGAACUACCUGUUGAGAUUCCCUUGCCGCCUUCGUAUCUCUUCCAUUCCAUAUUUGUCUGCCCUGUUUCGAAGGAGCAGGCUACUGAUAAGAACCCUCCGAUGAUGAUGCCCUGCGGGCAUGUCAUUGCAGAGGAAUCGCUGAAGCGACUCAGUAAGGGUAGCAGGUUUAAAUGUCCCUACUGUCCCCACGAAAGUCAUCCUCGAGAAGCAAGAAAGGUGUUCCUCUAAACACAGCGAGAUUGAUCCCCUAUAGGCAAGAGAUAAAUUGGGCGUUAGUGACGGUAACAUGAGCAGAGGCGAAUUAGGUUCAUUAUGGUGUCUUGGGAGGUUUUCGGCGUACUUGUGACGAGUCAAUCUUUUUGUCCAUGGGUUAUUAUCAUUUAGAUGUUAUUCCGCUUCGUUCUGCAUUUAAUGGCACAGUAAUCUCUUUGCAUCUAUGCUGGCUUUACCACGCUGCGUUCGAGGAAUCUAACCCGAUGCUUGUGGCGCUAGGUCAGAUGCAUGCACUGCUGCAGGCUUCAGAUGCCGCGAAUCUGAGCGGACACUUCUCCGGCUGCAGUUGACGAGUCAAGUCCACGAUAGUUUGCGUUCUCAGCCCCGCCGUGCAAUAGAAUUGUCAUCAUGCGUUUUGUUUCCCCGCCUCCUUACCAUCCCGAGUAAGUGA